AUGAUAAAAAUAUUCCGAAAUACUUACCCGAAAAACCAUAUAUAUAUAAAUUAUUCACUUAAAUGUUCAUGCUUUAUAUACUUUGAUCAAGCAAUAUUUAUUUUCUCUAUUUUAAUUUUCUCGGCGCAGGAAGAAAUUUCGAGCCCUCUUGGAGCUCAAAUGUUCGAUUUCUGCGAAUCCGAAUUAUUCCCCGAGACUUUUCAUAGUUCCGAAGUUGUAUCGAGUUCCAAUAAUUGCUACUAUAAUGAAGACCUUUCCUUUACAUCCAUUAAAACUACAACAACAGAAGAUCAUACAAACGAUCCGUCGCCACCGCUCGCCACAGCCACCAGCCCGCCGCCGCCGCCCAUCGCCGCCACCGGAAACAACCACAUCUCCAUAAUCUUCGAUGAAGAUGAUCUGGAAAACGACAUCUCCGCAUCCAUAGACUUCACCGCUUCUCCCUCCUUUCCGACCCCUCAUGAUCACUAUUUCAGCAAUAACAACAACAACAAUAACAACAGCAAACCGUUAUUCGACCAUUUCUCUCUAACCAACCAUCUCCCGUUGGGAGACAUAGCGAUCGGGGCCCACCACCAUUACGCUCACGAAAGCUGGCCGAUGUUGACGGCGGCACCACCGCCGCAGGCGGUGGUGCCGCUCAUGGCUCCGUCGGCUUAUAACGAAGAUGAUUGCUUGCCUUCAAUAAUGCCAUCUACUAAUUACCUCCGGUUGAGAUCUUCUCAACCGGCGUCGUGCUCUCUUAUGGUGGACCCCAUGAUGGCGGCCGCAUAUCUGCCGCCCGGCCCGUUUGAAAAUUCGGGCUUUUUCACGGGCGGCGGUGGUGGUGGUUUGAUGAUGGGGGGUGAUAUUUCACAUCAAGAUUUGGAUUUUCAAGGUGACGGCGGUGGAAUCUUUCUGAAUGAUACCAUGGCUAGGGCCUUUAAUUGUUCCAAUGACCUUCAGCUUAUUGUUAAUAUAAUGAAGGGAAUUAGUGGUGAAAACCAGCAUAUGGUUCAUGGAGGAGUGAGUAAUACUAGUUUGUCAUCAGAAAUUUCAAGUUUGGAAGAUCCAACAUUUAAAGUGGGAAAACUCUCUGCUGAAGAAAGGAAAAAGAAGAUACAUAGAUACAUGAAGAAGAGGAAUGAGAGAAACUUUAGCAAGAAAAUCAAGUAUGCUUGCCGCAAAACACUUGCAGACAGCAGGCCUAGGGUUCGAGGAAGGUUCGCGAAAAACGACGAACUCGGAGAACUUUCUAGAACACACAACCAUGAUGAUGACGUGGAUGAUGAUGUUGGUGUGAAAGAAGAAGAUGACAUGGAAUCAGCAGAUAUAUUAGCACACAUAAGUGGUGUGAAUUCAUUUAAAUGCAACUAUCCCAUCCAAUCUUGGAUUUGA